GUUUUACUACCUGCCUGGCUGUUUGGAUGGCUGCUGGCUCAGGAGAAGCUUGAGGACCAGGACGCCGUGGACACCAGCUUGGUCAUUUGAGCAUCUUUCAGUGACCUUCAGCUUCGUGUGAAGAUUCCUUUCAUAGACAAGCUCCAGACUUUAUCAUAUAGGGGGAUAUUUCCUUUGUCUUCAAAAUGAAACUAGACUUGGAGGUCAGUGAGCCGGUCAACUUCAGCUCUGGAGAUCAUCAACAUCUGGUUCAUAAGGCAGCAAUUAAAAGUAACUCCGGCAAACUGGAUCAGCAGUCCUUCACAAGUUCAUCUGGAGACAGACCACAGGAAGCCGUAAAAUAUCCAUAUCCGAGGAAUAGAGACGGAGCAAACGCCUAUGCAGUACAAAUUUCUGAGGAUGCUACCCCCCCAAACGAGAGCGUAAACCUAUCCAGUCCCUUUGAAAACACGUCCAUCCGUAAAGGUUUCAUUGUGAAAGUGUUUGUCGUUCUCUCGGUUCAGCUGCUCAUCACCGCGGCAAUCAUCAGCGUCUUUGUUUUCUGCGAAGCUGUAAGAAAGUGGAUCAUCGCCAUGCCCUGGUUCAUGUAUGCACUCCUCCCAGCAGUCCUGAUUGUGAUCGUUAUACUUGCUUGCUGUAGGGAUAUCCGGCGCCAAGUGCCCGCAAACUACAUUCUCCUGGCAUUCUUUACCAUUCUGGAAGGCCUGCUGCUAGGAAGCAUGUCCGUCUUCUACAAAGCAGAUGAGAUACUGUGGGCCACAGGAGCCACCACUGCGGUGACAUUAGUUCUCACUUUGUUUGCACUACAAACAAAAUGGGAUUUUACCCUGCUAAAUGGAAUGCUGUUUGUUUUCACCAGUGUGCUAGUGAUCUACGGGAUUGUCACACUUGUGGUUCGAUCAUAUUGGCUGCAUCUGGUGUACUCAGCACUCGGAACACUGCUCUUCUCCAUGUACCUGGUGAUGGACGUGCAGAUGAUGGUGGGGGGGCGCUACCACUAUGAGAUAGACCCCGAAGAGUACAUUUUUGCUGCUCUGAACAUCUACGUGGACAUCAUCAACCUUUUCAUUUUCAUUUUGGACCUGAUUGGACGAUAGCUGAUGGCCGAAGCUGGCUAAGCCUCAGAAGAGGAAAGGCGGGGCACCCGUGGCAUGGCUGCCAGGCUCAGGCGUGCGGCGGUGACCAUUCAUGGGCCCUUUGAAUAGUCACUCAUUUACCAAUUUAUCUAUCUAUUUAUGUCAAUAAAAGCUAAGAAUGUAGGA